AUGGAAGAAGAUUCGAAAACUGACAACAAUAUACUGCCGUUUCCGCACCAAACCUCCACUUCUCAACACCAACGACUAGUUUCUUCGAAAAGUAGUGGCCGAGGAAAGCUUAACAUUGUUGAUUACGGCCACGAUGAAGCUGCUCCCCAAAGACAACCUGAUGCAAACAACGCUAUUACUGAGUCAGCUAUAGACAAAGUUGAUCGCUUGGAUAAGUUUCUUCCACCGCCAUCACAGGACCAGUGUUCAGAGGAGUUACAAAGGAGAAUAGACACAUUUCUCUACUUGAAGCGAUCUGGAAAAAGCUACAAUGCGGAAGUUUGUAAUAAGAAGGAUUAUAGGAACCCCGACUUUUUACUGCAUGCUGUGCAGUAUCAAGAUAUUGAUCAGAUAGGGUCUUGCUUCGGCAAAGAUGUAUUUGAUCCUCAUGGAUAUGACAAAACUGACUACAUGCAGAAGUCAUAA